UUUUAUUUUUACGAUGUAAGGGGUAAGGAUGUGCGCCAAAAUUUUGCGUGGUGCGCCAAACGCCAAAAAGUAAUUCUAAAAAGCGCAUGGCGCACAUACUUAGAGAAAAGAAAAACUUUAUGAGAGGGAAGUUAGGGAAAAAAAGAAAAAAAUUGUUUGUCUAAAAAAUACAGAACGCCAUUAUUAGCAACUUUUUAAUUUUAUCAAUUUGCAGUUCGUUGCAAAAUUUUGUAGUCUCAAUUUAAAAUUUUCUUCAUUUUUAUUUCAUUUAUUUAGGCAAAUUACGCGUAAAUUCUUUUAAAAUUUAAUUUUAUUAUUUAAAGUUUUUAAAGUAAAAAAUAAUGAGGAAAUUUCAAUUAUUUAUUUUGUCUGUUUGUGUAUUUAUUUUAUUUUCUUUUGUUCCUUCAUUAAUUCGUGCAGAAAGUGAUGCUGUUGAAGAUGAGGAAAUUGACAAUAAUAAAAAUAAAGAGGAGGAAAUUAAAGAAAAAGAAAAUUCAAUUUUGAAAGAUGACACAGAAAAUGGCAAUCAAGAAUCAAUGGGCCCCUCUCCAGAUGUCCAAACUUCGUGUAUUUUGACAAGUCUUAAAGGGGGUCCAAAUUCGAGAGAAUUAGUUGCUGGCCAAAUUGUGAAAGUUUUAAUUGGAAUUGCAAACAAAGGAGAGCGGGAUUUAAUUGUUAAAAGUUGUGAAACUUCUUUUCGUUAUCCUCUUGAUUUUUCUUAUUAUACUCAAAAUUUUUCAACAGUUCGUUAUGAACGUUUAGUGCAGCCAAAACAAGAAGCUACUUUUGAUUAUGCAUUUAUUCCUUCAGAUGUUUUUAUUGGCCGUCCAUUGGGUUUAGUUGUUGAUUUACAUUAUGUUGACACGGAUGGACAAUAUUUUGUUAGUGCCGUUUUUAAUGAAACUGUUACAAUUACUGAAGAUGAGACUGGAUUUAAUACAGAAACUUAUUUUAUUUAUUUGAUACUUGCUGGAUUUGUUGUUAUUUUGGUAUUAAUUGCACAUCAUUAUAUUACAAAGUUUACUCGAAGCAGUUCAGGAAAAUCAACCUCAAAUAAGCCAAGUAGCAAUAAUAUUUCAAAUGUCCCUUCCAAUUAUGAAAUGGGGACAAAUAAAAAUGAUGUGGAUUUUGAAUGGAUUCCACGAAAUAAUUUGGAUUUGAAAUCGGCACAAAAGACGACACCCUCUCGUAAUCGAAAACAGCCUCGCCAAGCGGCAGCCAGUUAA